AUGGAACCAUAUCCCCCGCCGUCAUCUGCGACGCUGUCGCCUCAAUCUCCACCCGUGGGCCCCGUGGGUCAAGCACCAUCUUCCAUUUUUCGGCCCCGUCGAUCCGACGAUUGGCACAAGUAUCGCGACAUCAUCGAGCAAUUGUACCGCAAUGACCAGCUGAAACUGCGCGAUGUCAAGCGAAUUAUGGAACGUGAAUACAGGUUCUAUGCCUCGGAGAAACAGUACAAAGAUCGCCUGGCUGCCUGGCAUGUGCGCAAGAACAUCAAGGCUAAAGAGGUGCAUUUGAUGAUUCGGAAACAGCAGAAACGUGCUGCUCGGGGGAAGGCGACUGCCUUCCGCGUCAAUGGUCAGGAUGUGGAUGACAAACGAAUCGCACGUUUUGUCCGUCGCUAUGGACGGUCCUGGAAUAAUGACAAAGAUCGGAAUCCUGAAGAGCAAAGUCCCGAGCCUAAAACUCCAUCGGAUAUGACUUGCUAUACACCGGAACCGGAGGAUACGGCACCAACGCCCGUCUCACCACCAGAUGUACAGUCUCCCACGAGGGAGACAUCGGCGUAUCCACUGAGUUACGAUCCCAGCUCCAUUGAAACUGUCCCGGAUCUCAUCAUGGACGAUGAUCACCACACGUUCCCACCCAUGCACAUGCACCCCAGCCAGGCUCAAACUCAAGCUCAAGCUAGGAGGACAUUUCACCCACCGGAGCCCACGAUACAUCAACUAUCUCUCCCACCAUAUCCGACCCACCAGCCUCAUCAGUCACGCCCUCCUCAUCCCUCUCAUCCCUCUCAUCCAUCAUAUUCAUCUCAUCCUCCUCCACCACCAGCAGGUCAUUCUCAGUCCGGCCACCCAUCAUUGCAGGCAGCGCCUUCGCAUUCUGUCGUUCACGCGCUUCCGUCGCAGCCUGCCAUGACCCAUGGCCAAAGUCAUGAACCCCAUGCCCACUCUCACCAGGCCCAGCCACCGUCGAUGCUUCCACAGCCGGGUAGUGCACCGCAUCACGCGACGAACAUGAACGGAACAUCGAACAUGUACCAUCAACCUCGGACGGGGACCUAUGCCAAUCUCGAUGCGUUUCAGAAUCGUCUGGGUGAAUUGGGGACAACUCUCAACGAGUCCAUGGCCAAGUGGGCCCGAGACCAAGACCCGAAUCAGGAACUCUACCAUGAAGGACUGGGACUAUGA